ACGACCUUUGGCACAGUUUUGUCUCUGCAGCACUGAGGAUCAACAGCUACAAGGAUCCAAGAUGAACAGAGCCUUAAACAGAACAAAUCUGAAACAACUGACUGGUCUCCUCCAGAGGUUCCAAAGCACCUUGGUGGUCGCAGAGCACAAUAAUGACAAGCUGACCCCUAUUACUCUCAAUGCCAUCACUGCAGCCAGUAAGCUUGGUGGAGAGGUGUCAUGUCUGAUUGCUGGAACAGACUGUGCUAAGGUUGUGGAGCAAAUCAGCAAAGUACAAGGUGUGAAGAAGGUUCUGGUCGCUCAGCAUGAUUCUUACAAAGGUUUCCUGCCAGAGGAGUUGACACCACUUAUCCUGGAAACACAGAAACAGUUCAAUUUCACCCACAUCUGUGCAGGUGCAUCUGCCUUUGGAAAGAACCUGCUUCCCAGAGUGGCUGCCAAGUUGGAUGUUGCUCCAGUUUCAGAUAUUAUUGAGAUCAAGUCUCCAGACACUUUUGUCAGAACCAUUUAUGCGGGAAAUGCUCUCAGCACUGUGAAAUGCAAUGAGGCGAUCAAGAUCUUCACAGUUAGAGGGACAUCAUUUGAGGCCGCUCCAACAGAGGGAGGAAGUGCUCCAUCAGAAGAUGUUGCUGCUUCUUCUCCUGCUGGAAUCUCUGAGUGGCUGGAGCAGAGUCUGACGAAGAGCGACCGUCCAGAGCUGACCAGUGCCAAGGUUGUGGUGUCAGGAGGAAGGGGCUUGAAGAGUGGAGACAACUUCAAGUUGCUCUAUGACCUUGCUGACAAGCUGAAUGCUGCAGUUGGUGCAUCCAGAGCUGCAGUGGAUGCUGGGUAUGUCCCGAAUGACAUGCAGGUUGGACAAACAGGCAAAAUUGUCGCACCGGAGUUGUACAUUGCUGUUGGUAUCUCUGGAGCCAUUCAACACCUGGCUGGAAUGAAAGAUAGCAAGACUAUUGUUGCUAUCAACAAGGACCCAGAGGCUCCCAUUUUCCAGGUGGCUGACUACGGCUUGGUCGCUGAUCUUUUCAAGGCUGUUCCCGAGAUGACUUCAGCACUGGACAAGUGAGGAGGAACAAAGUCCCACCGAACCCCCACCAUCCAGCUGGAAUCAGCAGUCAGAAGAGUUCAGAGAUCCACCACAGGAACACAGAACCGCUGCCUUAAUACAUUUUUGAAGCUGGGAGUGUUUCAGAAAUCAUUUUCAUCAUCAACUUCUUCUCUCUGACUGGUAACAUUCUCAAUCUGGAGAGAAAUGCCAGUAUUUAUAAAUACUAAACACUUAUGAAAUCUCAAUGAAUAAUGGUGUACUUACCUUGGGGGGUGUUUUGAGCCUGUAGUAGUACCAGUUGUCAUUUGUAUUUAAUUUUCUGCCACAGUAAAGGACAUCUUUGGGAAUGCUCA